AAGUAUCUGCCACGGCUUUAAUGGGAGGUAGUGUUGUGUUUGAAGAUUACAAUAGUGAAGAAAUUUCGUACCGCGGACCAGUUAAUUCAAUUUGAGAACAUGAAGAAGUUAAAUAAACAUUGACUCUACUCUGCAUAAUAUAAAGUGGUUCACAAAUACGCACGAUGUAUCAUAUCAAUAAAAUUGUUAUCAAUUGUUUUCAUUGACGAAACGACAAAGACAGUGAAAGAGAUAGUUCUUUCAUAACAAACUCAUACGUAGAUUAAUUAUUGUAUGAAAAAAAACUCAUAAUCAAUAAUUUAUAUUUACUAUUGUAAUCUUCAAACACAACACUACUUCCCAUUAAAGCCGUGGCAGAUACAUUUAGAACACCUUAUAUACUUAUGUAUAUAUUUAUUAAGAAGUUAUCCUGUGGUACCUACUAAUAUCUGUAUUCUAUAUACUAAUCUAUAUACUUCAAUAUAUAAAGCUAAAAACUUAGUUUGUUUAUGUGGACACUCUAAUCUUCGGAACUCGAAUUGAAUAAUUAUUUUUGUGUUGGAUAGUCAAUUUAUCGAGUUAGGCUGUAGGCUAUAAAACAUCACGCUACAAUCAAAAGGAGCCGAGCAGAGGGAGUAACUAGUAAAGGAUAUAUACUACUGCGAACUUAAAAAUGAAUUAUCAGAAGAAACUGAUGUUUAUACUUAUGUUUGUAAUAAAUGGUGCCGUCAGCCAAAUUGUGAAAAGUUGCACCCUGCCUUCAGACCCUGAUAACGGUCGGUAUGAAGUGGCCGGCUUCCCUUCAGCCAAGCCUGGAGACACCCUGCAGUAUGCAAUGCUGAACAUCAGCUGCCUCCCAGGAUAUGAUAUGGUGGGCAACCAGACACUUAUAUGUUUGCAGGGACAAUGGUUUGGAGUAAUGCCUGAAUGCACAAAUUGUGGCACUAUGACAGAGGGCGCCACUGUACCUCCAUGGCAUGUGACGAUUCGCUCUCCACAGUGGAAUGAUGGGAGGGAGUUCUGUACCGGGUCGGUUAUUAGAAGAAACUUGGUCAUAUCUGGUAUGUUUGUCAGGCUAAGUCAACAUCAUCAUCAUCACCAUCAACAGCCUAUAACCGCCCAUUGUUUCUGGGACGAGCAGAGAGCUAGGCUUAGAGAUAUAGAGUACUAUAUCAUAACUAUCAGCAACCAGAAUGGAGAUCCUGAUGGUAACUUGGUAACCAACGUAAAAUUCCCUGAAGAUUUCCGUGGACUACAGAACUAUUUACAGGCAGAUAUUGCUUUAGUUACAACUGCAAACCCAUUGCUAUCCGAUACAGUGAGGCCGAUUUGUCUAAAUUCUGGACAUCAUCGAGGAAGACAGUUACAGGACGGACGAUUAGGGAUGGUGCCUUUAUCUUUACCAUCUACUAAAGGGUUUCGAAGACAUCAUGUGCUUAAGACACUGCCAUAUAUAUCUAUGGCGCAAUGUCUAGACAGCAUCAGCUCGUCAUACCCAACCUUUGGCGGAUACCUGACGUAUGAAAAGUUCUGUGCUGGAAGACAAAAUGGUACGACAAUAUGCCAAGGAAACAGUGGAGCGGGAUUAAUGUUUCCUGAAGCCAAGGGGAUCGUUACCCGUUUCUAUCUGAGAGGGGUAGUGUCAGUCUCUCCUGUGGACAUGACCAAAUCCUGUGGCAUCAGUGACUUCGUCACGUUUACAAAUGUGGACUUUCAUGGAGAUUUUAUUAAAAACUAGCUUCUGCCCGCGACUUCGUCCGCGGAAAAUAAAAAAAAAUAGGGUUGUACUACCCCUAACAUUUAGGUAGAUGAAAAAUAGAUGUUCGCCGAUUUUCAUAGAUACCGGUAUCUAUGAUUUUUUUGUGCUUAUGAUGAAAAUAUGAUUUUUCGCACGUAUUCACUCGCAGCAAUAUUUCACUUUUUUAAAUUCAACAACCGCAAUUCUGGACUGGAUUUUUUGCAAACAACCCUAUACCACCGUGUUCGUAAUAAAAUUAUCUUUAUUUU